CGAGCGCGGCGGGGAGUCCGGGCCGAUGGGCCGCGCGGGUCGGCGGCGGGCGGCGAGGUGGCGGCGCGUCCUGCGCGCGCGGGCCGUAGCGGGUCCGGGGACCGCGGCUCUGAGGUGAAGAGAAUACCCCUGGUCAGCUGUCUGGAGGAAUGCUGUUGGAAAGUAGAGGCAACCGAGUUGUCAACAGACGAGAAGUGGGUUGGCUUGGAGAAACUGAACUCAAAGGACUUUGAUUGCUUUUGGUGAUGAAGAGAAAAUAGCCCGGGCCUUUAUGUGCCUAUAUUCUAGAGUUGCAAAUGGCAGUGAAAGUGAGUUUACAGCAGUCUUCCUGGUGAUGCUCAGCUUCUCACCAAGAUGGACAUGAGUGACCCAAGACAGCCACCAGCAGAGAAGCCCAAACUUGGCAGAGCCCCUUCCCAGUUCAUGGGCCCUCCUAGAAUCAUGCAGUCAGAUGAUUAUUUUGCUCGGAAAUUUAAAGCCAUCAAUGGCAACAUGGGACCUGCUGCUUCCUUGAAUGCCUCGAGUUCUAGCGAGAGUGGUGGUGGACCUGCCAGCAGUACCCCAGCCAUGCCCAAAAUGGGCGUGAGAGCCAGAGUGUCUGAGUGGCCACCUAAAAAGGACUGCCCCAAGGAGCCACCCUGCAAGACACUGUGGGACAGCCGGUCUCAGAGCAGCCACGAGAGUGUGACAUCCAUUCUGCAGAACGGGCAGAAUGACCAGGGCGAGGGGCAUCAGGGGGAGCAGCUUGACCUGGGCUUGGUGGAGGCCAAGUACACCAUCGGAGACAUCUUUGUUCAUUCUCCCCAAAGAGGGCUGCACCCCAUAAGGCAGAGAAGCAACAGUGAUGUCACCAUCAGUGAUAUUGAUGCCGAGGACGUCUUGGACCAGCGUGCGGUCAACCCCAACACUGGGGCGGCCCUGCACAGGGAGUAUGGAAGCACAUCGUCCAUCGACAGGCAGGGCCUCUCUGGAGAAAGCUUCUUUGCUAUGCUACGAGGCUAUCGCAUGGACAAUUAUGACCCCAAAGCAAUGGUCCCGCUUGGGUUCCCUGAGUUUUUCCCCUGUGAUUCUGCAAUCUCCCCCAGCCUGCAGGCAGCAGCCCAGAUUUCUCGGGGAGAGUUUGUCCGCAUCUCAGGAUUGGACUACGUGGACAGUGCGCUCCUGGUGGGGAGGGACAGGGACAAGCCUUUCAAGCGCAGGUUGAAAUCAGAGUCAGUGGAAACCUCCCUCUUUCGGAAGCUGCGGACCGUCAAGAGUGAGCAUGAGACCUUCAAGUUCGUGUCUGACCUGGAGGACGGCCGCCUGGACAAGGUUGUCCGCCCUUGGAACUGCCAGCGGUGCUUCGCACAUUAUGAUGUGCAGAGCGUCCUGUUCAACAUCAAUGAAGCCAUGGCCACUAGGGCCAACGUGGGGAGACGGAAGAACACCACCACGGGGGCCUCGGCCGCCUCGCAGACCCAGGCGCCUGCAGGCCAGGCGGGCGGCUGCGAGUCCCCUCUGGGAAGCAAGGAGGACCUAAACUCGAAGGAGAAUCUGGACGCUGAUGAGGGGGACGGGAAGAGCAAUGACCUGGUUCUCAGCUGCCCUUACUUCAGAAACGAGACAGGUGGGGAGGGCGACCGGCGCAUUGCACUGUCUCGAGCCAGCUCAGCCUCGCUGGGCUCCAGUGAGAGCUGCUCCUUUGAGUCCUCCCUGAGUUCCCACUGCACCAAUGCGGGCGUCUCUGUCUUGGAGGUGCCACGGGAAAACCAGCCCGUCCACAGGGAGAAGGUCAAGCGCUACAUCAUAGAGCACGUAGACCUUGGGGCCUACUAUUACCGCAAGUUCUUCUACGGGAAAGAGCACCAGAACUACUUUGGAAUAGACGAAAACCUCGGCCCUGUGGCUGUCAGCAUCCGGAGGGAGAAGGUGGAAGACCCCAAAGAGAAGGAAGGGUCCCAGUUCAACUACAGGGUGGCUUUCAGGACAAGCGAGCUCACGACCCUGAGGGGCGCCAUCUUGGAAGACGCUGUGCCCUCCACUGCCCGGCAUGGCACCGCACGGGGACUGCCACUCAAGGAGGUGCUGGAGUACGUGGUCCCAGAGCUGAACACACAGUGCCUGCGGCAGGCCUCCAGCUCCCCCAAGGUCCCAGAGCAGCUGCUCAAACUGGACGAGCAAGGGCUGAGUUUUCAGCACAAGAUUGGGAUCCUCUAUUGCAAAGCAGGACAGAGCACAGAGGAAGAAAUGUACAACAAUGAGACGGCGGGACCAGCUUUUGAGGAAUUCCUGGACCUUCUGGGCCAGAGAGUGCGACUGAAAGGAUUCACUAAAUACCGCGCCCAGCUGGACAAUAAAACCGACUCCACGGGAACCCACUCCCUCUACACUACGUACAAAGACUACGAGCUCAUGUUCCACGUGUCCACCCUGCUUCCCUACAUGCCCAGCAACAGGCAGCAGCUUCUGAGGAAGAGACACAUCGGGAACGACAUCGUCACCAUCGUCUUCCAGGAGCCAGGGGCGCUUCCCUUUACCCCCAGAAGCAUCCGUUCCCACUUCCAGCACGUCUUUGUCAUAGUGAGGGUGCACAACCCGUGCACCGAGGGCGUGUGCUACAGCGUUGGUGUUUCCAGAUCCAAGGACGUGCCACCAUUUGGUCCCCCAAUUCCUAAGGGUGUAACUUUUCCAAAGUCGGCAGUAUUCCGGGACUUCCUUUUAGCCAAAGUAAUCAAUGCAGAAAACGCAGCCCAUAAAUCAGAAAAAUUUCGAGCAAUGGCCACUCGAACAAGGCAAGAGUACUUGAAAGAUCUGGCAGAGAACUUCGUCACCACGGCCACAGUGGACACCUCUGCCAAGUUCAGCUUCAUUACCCUGGGUGCAAAGAAGAAGGAGAAAGUGAAGCCCAGGAAGGACGCCCACUUGUACAGCAUUGGAGCCAUCAUGUGGCAUGUGGUGGCCAGGGACUUCGGCCAGUCCACGGACAUCGAGUGUCUCCUUGGGAUUUCCAAUGAGUUCAUAAUGCUGAUUGAAAAGGACUCCAAGAAUGUGGUGUUUAACUGUUCCUGCAGGGAUGUUAUUGGGUGGACGUCUGGACUGAUGAGUAUCAAAGUAUUUUACGAGAGAGGAGAAUGCAUCCUCUUGUCCGCAGUGGACAGCUGUGCUGAAGACAUCCGGGAAAUCGUGCAGCGGCUAGUGAUAGUGACACGAGGCUGCGAGACUGUGGAGAUGACCCUGAGGAGGAACGGGCUGGGCCAGCUUGGCUUCCACGUGAACUUUGAAGGAAUCGUGGCUGAUGUGGAGCCAUUCGGCUUUGCCUGGAAGGCUGGCCUGCGCCAAGGGAGCCGCCUGGUGGAAAUCUGUAAAGUGGCUGUGGCCACUCUGACCCAUGAGCAGAUGAUCGACCUGCUCCGGACUUCCGUGACGGUGAAGGUGGUCAUCAUCCAGCCACAUGACGAUGGCUCACCCCGCAGGGGGUGUUCAGAGCUAUGCCGAAUCCCCAUGGUGGAGUACAAACUGGACAGUGAAGGCACACCCUGCGAGUACAAGACCCCCUUCAGGAGGAACACCACAUGGCAUCGGGUGCCCACCCCUGCCCUGCAGCCCCUCUCCAGAGCCUCCCCUGUGCCCAGCACGCCUGACCGCCUGCAGUGCCAGCAGCUGCUCCAGCAGGCCCAGGCCGCCAUCCCCCGCAGCACCUCCUUUGACCGGAAGCUGCCUGACGGUACAAGAAGUUCCCCCAGUAACCAGUCGUCCUCCAGUGACCCCGGACCUGGUGGGAGUGGACCCUGGAGACCACCAGUGGGCUAUGACGGGUGCCAGUCCCCUCUGUUGCUUGAGCACCAGGGCCCAGGCCCUCUGGAGUACGAUGGAGCCAGAGAGCGAGAGGAUGCCAUGGAAGGAAGCAGGCACCAAGAGACCAGAUGGCACGGCCCACCUUCCAAGGUCCUGGGCCCCUACAAGGAGCGAGCCCUACAGAAGGACGGUAGCUGCCGGGACUCCCCCAGUAAGCUGUCGCACAUUGGCGACAAAGGCUGCUCCAGUCACUCCAGCAGCAACACGCUCUCCAGCAACACCUCCAGCAGCAGCGACGACAAGCCCUUUGGGUCGGAGGACCUGAUGGACCCCGAGUUGCUGGGGCUGACCUACAUCAAGGGGGCAUCCACUGACAGCGGCAUCGACACGGCUCCAUGCAUGCCAGCCGCCCUCCUCGGCCCUGUCCACCUGACGGGCAGCAGGUCUCUGAUCCACAGCCGGGCUGAGCAGUGGGCUGAUGAGGCCAGCGUCCCAGGGCCUGAGGACGAGCAGGCUAAGAUGUACGCCAUGCGUGGUUAUGCCACCGCCAUCGCCACCGGCAGCGCCACCGAGGGCAGCAUGGGUGACCUCAGUGAGAUAUCGUCUCAUUCCAGUGGUUCCCACCAUUCAGGAAGCCCUUCGGCCCACUGUUCCAAAAGUAGUGGGUCUCUGGACACAUCCAAAGUCUAUAUCGUGUCUCAUGGUGGCGGUCAGCAGGUUCCCGGCUCCGCGUCCAAGCCCUACCACAGACAAGGGUCAGUCAACCAAUAUGUCAUUGGCUGGAAGAAGGCAGAGGACAGCCCACCGCCUGAGGAGCCUGAAGUUACAGAGUGUCCCCGGAUGUACAGCGAGGUGGACGUCAUGUCUACAGCAGCUCACCACCAGGCAGUGGGAGAUGCCAUCUCAGAAACUCAGCAUGUCCUGUCCAAAGAAGAUUUUCUGAAACUGAUGCUUCCCGACAGCCCCUUGGUGGAGGAGGGGAGGAGAAAGUUUUCGUUCUAUGGGAACCUGUCUCCAAGGAGGUCGCUGUACCGCACCCUCUCUGACGAGAGUGUGUGCAGCAAUCGGAGGGGGUCCUCCUUUGGCAGUUCCCGCAGCUCCAUACUGGACCAAGCACUGCCCAACGACAUCCUGUUCAGCACCACCCCACCCUACCACAGCACGCUGCCCCCCAGGACCCACCCAGCGCCCAGCAUGGGCAGCCUGAGAAAUGAGUUCUGGUUCUCCGACGGGUCCUUGUCGGAUAAGUCCAAGUGUGCAGAUCCUGGCCUGAUGCCCCUCCCAGACACAGCCACGGGAUUGGCAUGGUCCCACCUGGUGGAUGCUGCGCGGGCAUUUGAAGGUCUUGACUCAGAUGAGGAACUGGGGCUGCUCUGUCACCACGCAUCCUUUCUAGACCAGAGAGUGGCGUCCUUCUGCACCCUGACGGAUCUGCAGCACAGGCAGGACUUGGAAGGGGCCCAGGAGCUGUCCUUGUGCGUAGAUCCAGGCAGCAGCAAAGAGUUCAUGGACUCAGCUGGGGAGCGCUCUCCAUCCACUUUGACCGGGAAAGUCAAUCAGCUGGAAUUAAUUCUGCGACAACUGCAGACCGAUCUUCGGAAGGAGAAGCAGGACAAGGCCGUGCUGCAGGCCGAGGUGCAGCACCUGCGGGAGGACAACCUGCGGCUGCAGGAGGAGUCCCAGACGGCCGCUGCCCAGCUGCGCAGGUUCACCGAGUGGUUCUUCAGCACUGUGGACAAGAAGUCCUAGCCAGCGCCUCGCCGGGCCACGGGGCCUGCUGCUGCCCCCCCAGCCGCAGCAGGGUCCUGAGUGUGCUGUCACCAAGCAUAGCGUUUGCUGUUCCAUCCCGUGCAGUGCCAUUCACCCCAGCAGGAUGGGGCCUGGCUCCUCCAGGCAGCCACAGAGGAAGCAGUGAAGUGCAGAUGAGUGUAACUCACAGGGCGGGGACGUGAGCCUCGUCCACUGAGACCCUCCUCGGGCUCUGAAGUGGGGCCUGGCUGGGCUCACCUGGCUCACCUUGGAGGCAGAGGCAGGCUCCAUUUCUAGUGCCAGCCGCUGAGGCGAUGCCGAGCAGGGCCCUCUUUGGGUGUUAGUGUUGUAAAGUAGACACGGAGACGAACAGUCAGAUGUACACUUUAAUGGUAAAGGUGCUCUAUUUUUUUGGAUGUACAGUAGCUUUAUUUCCACAGCCACAUUAUCAUAGCAAUAAAGAGGGAGGCUUAGUCAGUAGUUGGAAAGCUUCAUGGGGAAGCACUGGCCUAACACUAGUUCGAAUGCAGUUACUGUAGAGACUUAUUUAUUUGCAGGAACAAAUGGUGCCUGAAUAUUAACAGUGUUCUGAUUUUUUAAAAAAGAUACUAUGCCUUGUAAAUGGCUCGCCGAGUGGUCUGUAGUCGCUCGACUCUUAGCUCACUGUGUAUAGUUGCUUUGCUGGAACGAGAGAUCCACUCACACUGGAGCUGCCUGUGUGCUGGGAGCCAGGGGCUCCCGUGGGCAGUGCCACAUCCGUGUAUCUUUGUACAGAAGCUCUGAUGAUGUGUCUUGUAUUUAACACCCUUAUUUAAGCUUAUUUAACCUUGAAUUGUUAAUUUUAUAAGAUGUGGUCUUACCUGCACUAUGAGGAGGAGGGAGGCAGCAGACAGCUCGGGGAGGACGGGGCACACCCAGGGCAGAGAGGCCACUGGGGGGGACCACGGCUGGAGGCUGCGAGGAGCGAGUUGUUGGUAUUGCUUUACCAUUUUUAAUUGUUAUAUUUGAGAUGAAUAUACAUUUUGCUUUUUUAAUAAAUGUUCAAAAGAAGUCCACGUAAGCAACAGCCUUGUCGGGUGGAUGUAGACCUUUUAUGAUCUGUCAACAGUCUGUGGAUUUAUUUUGGGUCAUUUAAGAUCUUAUUGUAUACUGAAUACCGUUUAGCUGCCUUGUUAGAGAAUCCCAGGCUGAUUUAAAGUAAAGAGUAACUAGUAUUUAUUAGUA